AUGUCCAUCAUCCUUGAAGACAAUCAGCGACCUCAAUUCCUACGUCUCGGUCCCACAUGGUAUCAUGAGAUUCCUUUUCUACCACAUGGAUGGGAAACAACCAAUGAUCGAGGAUCUGGAUCACUCAAGCAUGCAGCAAUGAAAGCACUGCUGCAGGACCAGUCCGCGCUGAAGCCUGAGUUGUUUGAAUACGUCCACUGGUAUUUGGCAAAAUACCUUUGGGAUUCCCUCGAAAAGUGCAACAAGCAGACAAUGCACAUGUGGAAAAUAAUGGCUAGCGUGUAUCCUGGACAAUUCCAUGAGGUUAGUCCAUACUACUGCCUCAAUGCUAGCUAUCCCAAAAAGCCACUGAGAGACUACAUGGGUCUUCUCAAUAGCGACGACUUUCACUGGCGUGCAAUCUUGACGAUUUCAACCGCAUAUUGUACUGCCACAGACCUGACUACUAUACCAAACAUCAAGAAUCUGGUUGCCCUGGAUAUUUACUAUGAGCCAUAUGAGCCAAGAAUUGCCCCGCUGGAUCCCGUGGGUCUUAGCAAUGAUAGUCUCCCUUUGCAAGACGGAUUCGUGCGUGGUUGGAUUGAAUCCAAAGAGUUACAGCACCUCCGCAUUCUCAGAUUUUAUAACCAGCACGAAAUAACCGUUGCAACACUGGAAGCUCUACGUGAACUGCCAGAGCUCCAGCUCGUUGUGGCUUACGAAUGUGAGAAGAUCACAGAGGUGAUUCGAAAAUACAAUAGGCCGGCGGACGACAUCAUUCCCAUGAAUGGAUGGUCAGCCUGCAGACUUGAUUGGUUUUGGGACACCCACGGAAUGCCAAAGACAAUCGAUGAUAAUUUGUUGGCCUUGCGUCAUGUGUACGAGUCUAGCCUCCAGGCACCCGGAAAAAAGCGCUCGGGAAGACCGUCGUCCCUGCCAACGCAUACCCCUAUUUUGGAGUUCAAACUACCAACCGUCGACCACAGCAGAACAAAGGUUGUUAUCCGCUCUCGCUAUAGUAUCAAGUCGAUUGUAUUAUUUACUCGAGAUACGGCGAAGCAAAAACGUGGAAGGGAAAAGAGACGCACUGAAGCAUCCGAAAAAGGGGAUCGUUCCUCAAAGCGAGCAGUUAUGAGAGAUAGAAAACCUAUGGAUAUCUCGGAGACUCUGAAUCAGUUCUUUUGA